GUCAUUUCGAAUCAAAUGUCAAUGUCAUUACAUAAUAAUAUAACCCAACUUUUAAUCUAGGAGAAACGUUCAAAAUUAUAAUUUAUCCUUUUUAUAAAAUGGGUCAAUCAUUUGGUCACACAAUCAAUAAUGGUUUUGAUUUAUAUUUCCGCCCAGAAAUUACACCUAGUCCUUUCGAAGAUCCAACAUUUGACCCAUUAGAAGGAUUCCAAAAUGGUAGAAAAGAAAGAGUUAUGAUUGCCACCGAAGAGGAAAUGAGAUCUGCCAAAUUGCCUUUGGAAGAUCGAGAUUACUGUGCGCAUUUGUUACUCAAAUUUCGAGCUUGUAGAAAAGAAAACUGGCCUUUUGUGGUCAAUUGUCAUCAUGAGAAGCAUGCAUUUUUAGACUGUAAAUAUGAAGAUUUUGUUAUCAGGAUGAAAGAAUAUGAACGUGAAAGAAGAUUGAGAGUAUUGCAACAAAAGCAAAAAGCAGUAGAAGAAUAAAAAUGUAAUUUGUACAUAAGUAGUAAUUUUAUUUGUCAAUAUGUCUUAAUAAACCAUUAUGUUAAUAG